GUGUAGCUAGAGGAUUGAUUUCCUGACCUUGCAAUGAUGAUGAUGAUGAUGAUGAUGAUGAUGAUAAUGAUGAUGAUGAUGAUGAUGAUGAUGAUGAUGAUAAUGAUGAUGAUGAUGAUGAUGAUGAUGAUGAUGAUAAUGAUGAUGAUGAUGAUGAUGAUGAUGAUGAUGAUAAUGAUGAUGAUGAUGAUGAUGAUGAUGAGGAGGAGGAGGAGGAGGAUCAUGGUACAAUGGUUGUAAGUUGUAAUGCUUACAAUGAUGCCAAACUGGGAUGAGAUCGGGAUAUGUCUGGGAAGAGGGUGUAUUUGUAGAAAGGGAUGGAGAAAUGGGUAUGAAAUAAAGAAGGAGAAGAAGAAGAAGAAGGUGAUGGUGGGAACAAUGAGUAUGAUGUUGAAGGUGAUUGAGAUAGUGGGAAGUGGAGUGAUAAUGAGAUGGAUACAAAUGAGACGACCCGCUCAUGUGCAUCUGGUUGGGUAUGUGUUUGAUGGCAGGCAUAAGGAUGAAAGGGCAUGUGCAAAGCUGGUAGCAAUGGGUUUGGAUCCAGAGGGCCGCAUCAAGCCUGCCCAGGUAAUCAGACAGCUAAAAGUACUUGGUCUUUGGCAGCAGCGAAAGGAGGGAGGUAUUUGGAAGGCAAAACACGGGCUGUCCUCUGCUAGCAGUGAUGAUGAUGAAAGCGCCAACAGCGGCAGUGCCACAGAUAAUCAUGAUAGUGACAGAGACACUGGUGAACGGGAAGUGGAACCGGUAAGGAAGAAGCCUGGUAGGACAAGUGCUAGGUCGAUGGGAUCCACUCCGGCAGAGAAGGUUAGAUGGGGUGUCUUCACUGAGGCAGUGGAUGAGAAGCUGAAAAAGGCAUUUGAAAGCUAUGGCUUCAAGAAAACUGCUAUUUCAAAGAUUGCCAAGGAGCUGGGCGAGUCCGAAGAAACAGGACGCCGAUUCAGAGUUGCGGACGUGCGAGCUCGGUUGAUUGAGCUGGGCAUUUAUGACAAGAAACAGGAAGGGAAAAUGAAGCGUAAGCCAAGCAUGAUGCGCCUUUUUGAACAGGCUGGGUUAUCCAUGGAUGAGUCGGAGGGGAUAGUGAGUGAAGAGGAUGCCGUAGCCAGGAGGAGACGAAGAGAAGACCAGCUUGCGGAUAAGGAGAUGAAGGAGGUUGACAUAGAUGAUCUUGAUGAGAAGGUCAUCACAAAGAGGGUCCGCAAACUUGUGCGAGAACGAGAUGCAUUGGAUGGGGAGGCAGCAGUUCGCCUUGUUCAUUCAAAGGUAAAUGCAUGUCUGAAACAAUGGUCAGGAGGGAAAGGAGGAGCAACUGAGCCCAACGAUCACAAAGAUGAGGGGACUGCUGAUCAAGGACGUGAGAGGGAAGUCUAUGACUACUCAAUAGUUCUGACUCGCGCAAAUGAGAGUGGAUUCUUUGAACAUCGUGAUGUGAAACGACUCCUAUGUGCUCUAUGCUUUCGAAAGCCUGUCAGCGGCCAUGUCAACUGGCGAAUCCCAGGAGGUCAUGGUACAGCGUGGCUUGUUAGAGUUCAGACCCUUCUCAGUGACCUGAUCGCCAAUGUAAAGAACCUCUCUCCCCCUUCAUCCUCUGGCAGUGAAGGUGAUGGAGGAGAUCGUAACCCUAAAGCCGCAGGAAGCUCGAGCGAGGAAGGGACUGAGCAUAUUGCAAAGGCAAUGGGCAGCAAAGGAAAUAAGCAAGUUCACAGAGCGCGACGGAAAGAAAAGAGGAGCCAACAGGACACGGAGGUGCAAAAGACCAAGAAGGAGAGAGGGAAGAGGACGAAGAGAGGGAAAGAUGCAGAGAACGAUGAUGUGUCCGGGAAUCUGCACAAGGGCAGAAAACGGCUCAGGAAAGACCAGGGAAAAGCUGCCGAAAGAAGUGAAGACUUGGAUUAUGAUGCCUUGAAGUCUGUUGUAGGUGUCUCAGAUGACGAAGAUGAACCCCUGUCAGUGAUGAAGAAGGGGAGGCAAAGCAAGGCAGAACAGAGCAGACACUCGGUGAAGACCGGCUCCACAGAGCAGCCUGUAUGGAUGCGUGUUGAUGACGACGGCACCCCCGAAAAGCCAAGCAUUCGCGGUGAGAGAAGCAGUCCACACAUCAGAGGUGAUUCUAGUGAAGCGAGUGAGGGGUCCAGAAGAGUAGAAAGACGGAUCGUAAGAAACACUCCCAAAAAAAGACAGGCCGAAGAAGCAGAUGCAGAGCUGACUCCUGUUGGAAAGAAACAGCGAAGUCGGGUGCUACUAACUCGCCCUUCGCCUCAUGAAGAUGAUCGGGAGGAUGACGAUGAGCUGUUGUCGUUAUCCCGAAGAGCAAAGAGAAUGUCCAGAGUUGGCUUGCGCGGUGUAACGAGUGCAGGCGAAAGUGACAGUGGUGACGACAGUGAGGAUGAUAUUCCACUUUCAGCAGCCCUGACAAAAGGAAAGAGAAGAAGAGGCAAGGAUUCUGAGCAAGAACUGAAUCCAUUGAGAACGGAUGCUUCACGAGGUGGUCAUGAAACAGGUAACAAGUCUGAUGCGGCUCGAGAUUCGGCGGAAGGGAAUAGCGCCGCUGCGGGAACGAGUUAUGACGACAGGAUGGACGUUCCCGAUCCACAGCAACAGAUGCAGAUCGCGCAGGAAAUGGAACAGGAGGAGUUAAUCGUGCCAUCUGGAGGAGGGGAUGCUGCGAUCGGGGAUCGUCAAUUCACGUCUCUUCCGUCUGCAAAAGAGAAAGAGGCACAAGAUCGACCAGCACUCGCAAACGAUAAUCCAACCCCUGACGGGGAAGGGAUGCGUGACGAGGCAAGCGUGGCAGAGAAGAGUGGUGCUGAUGUGGAUGACGGCAAUAAUAAUGAAUCCAAAGUGGAUAUGCCCUUUCCGCAGAGGGCAAGAGCAGAGGUCGAUGUGGAGUUUCUAUCAGAGGGCAUGGAUGAUGAUGAUGAGGAGGAUAGUCACCCUUAAAGAGCAUUGAAAGGGAAUGAAGGCGACAGAAAUAAACUAAAGUCUCUGCAAGGGUAGUGAGAUAGCCAUCUACUCAAUCUUGGACAAACAAACAGCUAGAGCUUUG